GUACAUGCGUGUGGGCGUGGCUGUGCAAGUUAACCUCUGCGAUCGGAGUCGAGAUCGUGCACUAGAGCGAGUCGACUAGAGCGAGUCGAGAGUAGCAGCAUGCCUCCGAGGAAGCGCAAGCAAGCGGCUCGACAGGAGACGGAACCCGAUCCGCCUGCCGCGGCGUCAGCUCUGGACCCAGCCAAAAUGACGGUCGCCGCGCUCCGCGAAGAGCUGGACACGAGAGGACUGGACACUCGCGGGAAGAAGGCCGAGCUGGUGGCUCGUCUGCAAGCAGAGCUGGCUGGCUCAGGCUCCACCCAGGGACCCUCGCCCACCAAGAAAUCCAGAAAGUCUAAAGCCAAACCGAAAGAAGAGCCGGUGGAGGAGCCUAUGGAGGAGACAAAGGAAGAUGAUGAGACUGACUUUAGCAAAGCCAAGAAGGCUCUGCAAAUGGCGGAUGCUGGAGCUGGGUCGAAGAAGAAGUCGAUUAGAGCGGCUAAUGUUGACUCCCAUGUUCCUGCCAGCUCUACCUACACGGUGGUUGGAGAUUUCGACUGCAUGCUGAACCAGACGAACAUUGGACACAACAACAACAAGUUCUACGUGAUUCAGCUGCUGGAGACCGGGUCCUCGCGCUACUCUGUCUGGACGCGCUGGGGCAGGGUGGGGGAGAGUGGACAAAAUGCCAUGAAGUCCUUCAGCAGCCUUGACGCUGCAGAGAAAGAGUUCUGCAAGAAAUUUAAAGACAAGACAAAGAACAAUUGGGAGGAGAGGGAUAACUUUGUGGCCGUGAAGGGGAAGUACACUCUACUGGAGAUGGAUGACGAGGAGGGAGGAGAGGAGGAGAUAGUGGGGAAGCUGCAGGCACUGGAUCAGGAAGGGGUGGAUCUCGGAAUGAAGCCAUGCUCGCUGGACCCACCCACGCAGAACCUCAUCAAACUCAUCUUUGACCAGGACAUGUUCAACAGUGCCAUGCAGAGCAUGGAGAUCGAUACCAAGAAGAUGCCACUGGGCAAGUUGGGUAAGGCCCAGAUUGCCAAGGGGUUCGAGGCGCUGGAGGCCAUAGAGGAUGCUCUGUCUUCAGGAGCAUCUCGCUCCAGGCUGGCUGAUCUCUCCUCCGCCUUCUACACCAUCAUCCCUCACAGCUUCGGGAGGAAUGUCCCUCCUGUCAUUGACAACGCUGAGAUGCUGCAAAAGAAAUUUGACAUGUUACUGGUGUUGGGUGACAUUGAACUGGCUCAAGGACUGGAGAGAGAGCGGGAGAAGAAACAACAGGUGGCAGGGGAAAUCCCCCACCCGCUGGACAUCAACUACGAGAGUCUGAAGGCCAAGUUGAGCCACAUCAAGAAAGAGGAGGACGAGUAUCAAGUAGUCCACAAGUACAUCAAGGCCACUGCUACCUGGAGAAAAGUGGAGCUCCUGGACGUGUUCAGAGUCGACCGAGAGGGAGAGGUAGGGGUUUUCCCUGGUGACGUAAUGAUGAUGUAAUUGACUGUCCAGGGAGAGAGGUUCAGUGCCCACAAGGAGCUGGACAACAGGAAGUUGCUGUGGCAUGGAACCAAUGUGGCUGUGGUGGCAGCCAUUUUGAAGUCAGGUCUGAGGAUAAUGCCUCACUCUGGGGGCCGCGUGGGGAGGGGAAUAUACUUCGCCUCAGAGUGCAGCAAAUCUGCUGCAUACGUUAGACGUGCUGGCAACAUUGGGAUCAUGUUCCUGAAUGAAGUGGCUCUCGGAAAAGAGAAACACAUCACGACAGAUGAUUCCAGUCUGGUCAAGGCUCCACCUGGAUUCGACUGCAUCGUUGCCCGUGGCAGAACUGAACCUGAUCCAUCCAAAGACAGCUGUCUGGAGUUUGAGGAAAGAAAGGUGGUGGUUCCGCAGGGGGAGCCGGUCCCCCAGCCCAAGUUCUCUCAGAGCAGUUUCUCACAGAGCGAAUACCUGGUGUACCGCGAGAGCCAGAACUGCAUCCGGUACCUUCUCAAGAUGAAGAUGUAUUGACCAUUAGGCCCUCUUUAGAACCUAGCCAUAUUGCACACAUAGGCUGCAGUUAUUUUUAGGUGGCAUAUUAUAAUAUUGCAUGAUAUUCCCUCUCAUAUAACAUUCCACUAUUAGUGAUGAUGCAAUAGU